AAUAAACUGCUUGUUUAGUCCACCAACCUCCUAUACGAUUUAAAGAUGUAUGAGUUAUUAUUCUGUUCCUUUUUAUUUAUUUUGAGCUCAGCAGACUCCCCAUGUCUCCCUAUAUUACUGUCUCCCUCCAUGUCGUGCGUAAACGUGUGCGCCCCGCGAAUAAAUUCAAGUCCCUCCCAGAUAGAAGCUGCUGCUCAUCAGUCAGGCUGUUAACCAUCCUCAGGCAGCUUUGUGACUGGAUUCAUUCAGUCAAGGACAAGUUGAUCUUCAUUCUGUAGAUUUUAACUGCAGCUUCCUCAGGAAAACUUAACAUUAUACUUUUGUAGGUUUUUUUUAAAUUUAUCUCUCCGAAGCUCGUAAUGAGCGCGCCCCCGCCUGAGAGACUGGAUCAACAGUAGAAAAAAAAAGAAAUCCGCGUCCCGCAUGAUUCACAGCCACCACUGUUACGCGAGAAUUAAACCCUCAUCUGUACAGGAUGAAGGUAACCUUUGGCUGUCUGGUGGUCACAGCCGGCAUCUGCGGUAUCCUCAGCUUCGCUUUUUUGGCGACUUCCCUCGGAACCGAGUACUGGUACAUCAUAGAGAUGAAUCCCAUGAACAUGAGCGACUUCGAGGACAUGAGCUCCCACUCGGGACUGUGGAGCAUCAACGAGGGUGGGAAGAUGAAUGCAGACUCUAUUGACUCAUUCACAGCUGACUCCUCCAGAUACUCUGACACUGAGCUGCACAUGCUGAACAUGCACAGUGCUAUAGUGGUGGUGCUUCCCUUCAGCCUGGUCCUGCUGCUGUUUGGUGGUAUCUGUGGGUUGGUCAGCUCCCUAGCUCGUAACCCUGUCCUCCUCACCGGCACAGCCUCCUACUUCUUCAUCUGCAGUCUGCUGACGUUGUCUGGCGUGAGCCUCUACAUCAUCUACUCGCACCAGGCCAUGGCUGAGACGGACAGACUGGUGGGGCCGGAGGGUCUGGCCUAUAUUCACACCUCCUUCGGCUGGUCUCUGGGACUGGCCUGGCUCUCCUACGGCCUGGAGCUCCUCACCGGCAUACUGCUGCUCGUAGCUGCUCGGAAGGCCAAGCUGCAGCACAGCAGUCCCAGCAUGGCCUGACACAAACCUCCACAAUGGAUCGAACACAUUGAGGAUUGGGACUGGGCUGUAGUGAACUGUAUGUGGUGCUGCCAUGUGGUUCUGCCUUUGAACAAGGUGGACAGUAUUAAGGCAUUCACAAAACACAAAGGUUGAACAAAAAAGGUUUUGGACUGUUUUAAAAGGUUGGGUUUUAUAAACGUAAUGUCCUUAAAUCUGCCUCGGAUUGGACAUUUACAUUCUGGUGAUUUAUAGUAAGUGCAGUGGCGGACUACUCGGAGUUAAAUUUGACCAGUCAUGCCCUCUUGUGGUGAGAAUUGUAGUGGCUCCUCAUAUCCACCAACAGGCACGGUGACUGCAGGGUCUGACAUAUAUGACAUGUCAUACUGUAGUCAUAUGUAAUCUGUGCCAAACUCAACUGACAAGCUUACAAUUUAAGAUAAUUUCAUAUUGCUUUUAAUCUAUAGAUACAUUGCAGAUCUUUUCACAUAAACAUAUAUUUUUUAUCAUGCAGAUUCAUUUUAUGCAAGCUGUAUCUGUUUUUUUUUUGUUUAGUAUUCACAUGUGUACAUAUUUUUGUAUUGAAAAUGUGUAAUAAAUGUAUGUUCUAUGUGUCUGCAGUUUACAAAUGUUACACUACUAAAGCAACUUACUGUCUGUGUUUUAAGCCUUGUAGAAGAAUUAAGAGGUAAGAUCACUGUUCCCAUGUUCCUUCAGUACUACUCAACAGUGUCAGUAUUAUACUGUGUUUUUUCAUGGUAACCAGUUACUCUUUAUCUGUUUAAUGAGAAGAUUAUUUUGUCAUGUUCUGAAAUUUUGUUUCUCUGUUUAUGAGUGAUGAUCUUGCUCAUGUUUCCAUCCAGCAUGCUCUCGGACCAUGUAGCGUGGUUAAACCUGAGCAGGUCUUCAAAUUCUCAUAUAUGCUUCUUUCAUAUACUUAAAAAGACUUUCUGGAAAAGAUUUCUUUUCACAUGAAUAUGAUCUGAUGUCUCAAUUUCAUCUAAUAUUCUGAAAUCUCUCUCUUAAAAGAUGUUAUUUUUAAGUAUUUCAACAAAAAUAUUUCUUUCUGUAAGUAUGUGAUUGUUGUCAGUUUAAAUUUGGCCAUUUUCCACAGAGGAAAGACAGAAGCUUCUGAUCACUUUUCGGCACCACAACCAAAUUUUCUCUGCAAGAUUUGAAGAAAGGGAUAAAGUGGAUGCACUUAGACUAAAUUAUGUUCAGGGCUUAAAAUAGCAGCACUGGGAGAUUUGGCUGGAAGGUCAAAGGCAGUUGUGGGCAAAGUGGGAUGUGACCUUUAACACCACUGUAUUCCUGCUGCUGUCACCCAUAGCCGACUGUAUCUUUUCAGAAAAACAGAAACACACACCACCAAUUUUCUUUUCUUUAACGUUCCUAUGGCAACCUAAACAUCUUGUGCAUCCACCCAGACAAAGGAUGAAAAGUGGGUGUGAGAUUGUGCUCUAAACAAGCUCUGCCUCACUGCAGAUAAAUAAAAACAAAAGCAUGUGCAGAA